ACGAGAGCAGACGUUUCAAUAAGCCAAACCGUCGAUCAAUUUUUAAAGAUCACGUCACUUGAUCGGCAGCCACGACAAGCUAAACAUCGCACAUUUCGGAUUAAUUCGGAUUAGUUGGGCGCAAUGUGGACAUUUGUGUUCUCUCCAAAGACAGUAUUCGGUUGGGUGUUGUUUAUGUGCUUGUGCACUUCAAAUUACGCCCAGCAGUCAGGAUGUUUUUAUGAAUUGAGUGUACCCAUUUACUCACCGUGUUUUUGCGAAGAAACUGAGCAAGGAAGUCUGAACAUUACAUGUUUAGGAGAUUUAGUUACGAACCAGGAAAUUCAGAGGAUUUUUCAGGACUCGACAGCGCCCGAAAUAAAUCGGUUCGCUUUAAUACCAGCUGUCACCACACCCGGUCAACCAGACGGUCCAGACUUGAUUGAAGUUAUUGACAACCUGCUGUCUGACAAACGCGCACGGAUCAUUGAAAUUGCCAGCUGCCCACUUGGGUCCACCCUUCGAAUUAGUCCAAGCGCUUUUCGAACGUCGAACGUCUAUGCCCAGGAAUUUUCCAUCACCGAUUGCGACAUCGAUCAGCUUGACUGGAAAUUUCUCCGGACCUUUUCGCGAAUCGUAAACGUCCGAUUCACAACUGUGAGUGGAAUUAACUCCAUCAGCAAUCUACAAAUUCUAAGAAAUGCCGAACAGUUAACUUUCGACAACUGUUUGGGUUUUGGUACUCCGCCACUGGAUUUCCCAGCGGCUUCGCUUCCGGCGUUGAAGACACUCAACUUUGUCGGAAACACCGACCUCGACAACCCAGUGGCUGACAACAUACUACUCGCAUUAGCCACCGCCAGCGUCCCACUUACAUAUUUGAACAUCCUCCAGUCGCCGUUGAUUACUCUCGUCCCUAAACACAUCGGCGAUAUCUCGAGUUUGACCUCGAUCAACUUGUCGAAUAACCAGAUAAACUUUGUCGACUCAAACGCGUUCAGCUUUGUAAACGAUCGCUCAGUCCGAUUCUUAAACCUGUCUAAUAACGCGGUGAAUACCAUUUCAUACAACGCCUUCAGUACAGGCAAUUACGGCGGAGCAAUCGUGCCACUUGAUAACAACUUGUUGACUUUGUUCGAAUGGGAAGUUUUCUUGGACGUCCUUGUCGAAAUGAAUCAGACGGGCUCUGGACUUGUUUCAAUUGCCGGAAAUGGCAUCACUUGCGAUGACUGCCAAUUGGCUUGGCUCAUCCGAGACAACCCAACAUUAUUGCAGUAUGUGUCUGGCGGAACUUGUGCGGACCUUGGCACUACCUUUGAAGAGCUCAAUCCUGACGACUACGGCUCCAUCUGUGCUGUUAUCACGCCCAGCCCUGCAACUACUUCUACGACUGAGCCCCCAACCACUACAACACCCCCAACCACUACAACACCCCCAACCACUACAACGCCCCCAACCACGACUGAAAUUCCAACUACAGAAAUCCCAACCACGACUGAAAUUCCGACCACUGAAGCCCCAACAACGACAACUACUACAACAAUUUCGACGACUAGGACGACCGCCACAACUUCAACUAGUACCGAAACAAUUUCGACGACUAUCGGACCGUCUAAUAACGACACAAACACUCAACUCUUGUUGUACAUUACCUGUGGUCUUGUUGCUCUGAUCGUUUUGAUCCUGAUCAUCGGAUGCAUCUACAUGGUCAUCGCCAAGAAUUCACGCAAGCGUAGGAGAGAAUAUUUGGCGUCCGUAAGAUCCGACGCUUUCAGUGCUCGAAGUGGUCCUCCUCCGAUCCCAGUGAAUAAUACCUUAACCGGAGUGCCUAGAACGAAUUACGGCCUCACUCCUCAGGUACCUACAACAUUGCCUCGAGUCAAUAUUCCAGCCAUUGUUCAAGGACCUGGAGGCAAGUUGUACGUGCAGUCUACGGGGGCCGCUUACACAAACCCCGCAAAUAACACAGUAAAGUCCAACAAGCAGCCAACUCAAGGCAAAUCUACGACUACAACGCGAAAGGGUUACUGACAGACAAGUCAAAAACAUCACACCAUGAUUUCCAAUGUUAAUAUCUAAAAUCAAAUAGCAUGUAGAAUUCGAUACUUACACUUAAAGCAUACAAUCGACAGCAUCAUUGUUUUCAAAUAAAUUUAAAAUUAUAUAAAUAAAGAAAUUGGUCGUCUUAUCGAGACGCCAUUACAUCAGUGGCUUGUGUAUGCACAAGAUCCAGAUAACAUCCCUUUGCUGUAAUGAAAGUUCUUAUCAUCCCAGAUAAUUCCAGCGCUAGUAAACACACCGCGCGAGUUGUGAUUGACACAUUAGAAACCAACAGAGUAGCCAAGUUCCUACUGUAUAAGUGAUGUCGAUUUGUCCUCCCCGUCAGCGGUCAGUUCCUAUUUACACAAGAAAAAGUCUGGCAAAAGAUAAAUCACUGAUGGCUGACACUGAUGGCUCCCACUUGACAUUUCAUCUUUAUCGCUACACCGAUCAACCAAAGUCCACGGCAUAGACCUGAAAUAAAUGUCAAACUUUUGAAAAACCCAAAUCAAUGAAAUGUGGAAAAGUUUUCUGUAUUCCCCAAAAAGAAAGAAAAAAAAUCUGUUGAAACAUUUUCGCUCCGGCGAUAAAAAUCAAUUUCAAUUAUUCGCGACUUUUCUAACCAAGGAUCGCAACUGGGUUCUCAUCAACACACCAAAUUAAACACGGAAUAAAACAAUUAGACACAAGAAAACACAAGAUACUUUUCAACCAACUUUCCGAAAAGAAAAAAAGAAAUAAGAGAAAAA